AUGCUCCUGGUCGCGCAAGCGAUUCAAACGCCACAGCGCAGCACUAGGUUGCCAGCUCUGGUCGACCCGGCGAACGAAUGCAUUCGCAGCGCAACAGAAAUGCGCAGUGCAGAGAGCGGACUGCGGAAUGCGAACUGCGAAAGACUCGAGGGGAUUAAGGUGGUCGAAAGGGGAGGAAAAGGGUCGCGCAAAGCCCCCCCGGCAUGGCUACGGGGCACAGGUACAGGGACUGGGCUGGGGGAGUUUGGGGGCGCCAGCCGGUUUGGCACCGAUCUGCGCCGGCGCUUGUUGCAAGCCAUCGACAAGCGAAAAAAGGUGCAGCCAGGGAAUCGCAGGUACCGCUACCUUGCGUCCAGUGCAGUGCAGUGCAGUGCAGUGCAGCAACUGCCCCGUGCAAGCCAGAAACAACAGGACUCUCAAGCUCCCUUCGUUUAUGGUUAA